AUGGCAAAGAAGAAGAAGGUUUCGUGGUUCUGGACUUGGGUCAUAGGUUCCGUCGUUUUGAGGCUCAUUCUCAUCUACUUCCCCGAAAACCUCAACCUCUCUUCUCGCCCCGAAGUCUCCACCCCCCUCACCAGCCUCCGUCGCCUGGCCGAGGGUUACUGGUUGAAGCAGUUGUCAGUUUCACCCUAUGCUGGAUCAAUGUACCAUGGUUCCCCCUUGUUAUUGACACUUCUCGGCCCGCUCACAGUUAAAAGAAUUGAAGGACAACCUGAUCAUCUUUUAUGCAGUUUGGUUUUUGUUAUUGCAGAUGUGGUCAGUGCAAUGCUUAUAUGUGCUGCUGGUGGAAAACUCCAGGUGGCAUACAGUUCAAGUUUACAAUUACUUGGCCUUCGUGAUCUGUCAGAGAAUUCAGAGCUUCUUCCUUCAGGAGAUUUUGCUGCUCUUGUAUACUUAUGGAAUCCUUUCACAAUAGUUGCAUGCGUUGGUCUAUCCACAUCUGCAGUUGAGAACUUGAUGAUUGUGUUAUCGCUUUAUGGUGCAUGUUCGGGACUAGCUCCGCUGGCAGCUUUUGGAUGGGUCAUGGCUACACACUUGUCUCUAUACCCUGCAAUCCUUAUUAUCCCAUUGAUAUUGUUAUUGGGAUAUGGUCCUGACGCUCCUCCUAGGAAAUUAUUCUGGCAAAGGAAUAGUCUUGAAGUUGGCACCUCAAGUGAUAUUUGUUCAGAAGAGAAAGCAAAGAAUCAGCUAAAGGUUGCAGAUGUAUUCUCAUGGAGGCCAGUUGUAUCUUUUCUGCUGUGGACUUUGCUUUGGUCAUCCUACAUCUUAGUCCUUUGUAGUAUUUAUGUUCAACAGUAUGGUGGUCUACAGGAGUUGUUCAAAAGAACCUAUGGCUUCAUUCUUACAAUACAAGAUCUGUCCCCAAACAUUGGUGUUUUGUGGUAUUUCUUUGCAGAAGUCUUCGAUUUUUUCAGAAAUUUCUUCCUGAUAGUAUUUCAUGGAAAUAUUCUGUUGAUGCUAGCACCAUUAGCCUUACGGCUUAAUCACCGGCCAUGCUUUCUAGCUUUUGUAUAUAUUGUGAUAUCUUCGAUGUUGAAGUCUUAUCCUUCAGUUGGUGAUUCAGCUCUGUAUUUGGGUUUACUUGGGUUAUUUGCUUAUGAACUCAAAGAUAUGCAGUUUUCUUUCUUCCUAUUAUCUGGUUAUGUUGGGGUUUCACUUCUUAGCCCUGUGAUGCACAAUUUAUGGAUAUGGAGGGGUACUGGGAAUGCAAAUUUUUACUUUGCGACUGCAAUUGCUUAUGCGUGCUUGCAGAUCAUUCUUGUGGUUGAGAGUGUUAGUGCCAUGCUAAAUCACGAUAGAACGCUCACAAAGUUAUGUGCUGCAAAGGCGCCACCAUCCAUGGUUGCUGGGAUCUCGAGCUCUGAUUAUCAAAACAUUCUAUUAAAUGCUGCUCCGUUCUUCACUCCUCUGCUUCUGCCACUUCACUUUCCUCCUCCAUUUCCUGAUCUCACCAUUCUCUCCCUCAACCUCUCCAAGACUUAG